AUGCACGCAGGCCUUGCCGACUGCAAACCAUUCGAAAAUUCAGCCACUCUUUUCAACAAUGGAAUGGAAACAGCCAUUCUAAUAUUUUCUGUUUUGGACGAAACUGCCUCUGAUCAACCAAAAUAUAUUAAUCACAUUUCCACCGAAUUUACACAAAUUGGAUUACUUCCUCCUUCAAUGCUUGCUAACAAAUUCAUUCAUGACAUUCCGAAUAUUUCAUCACGUCAACCAAGAGUUGAAUAUUUACGAAGUGAUGGAAAAUUCAACGAUGCGAAACAUUUGUUUAUUGCCUUCUUUUCCAAAUCGUAUUUUGAUCAAACUAAACCGAAUGAUGAUUUUGUAAAGAGGUUGUUUUCAAGAAUUUACUGUGAUAUUGAACAAUAUCAAAUUAAACAUUUGAUUAUGGAACAAUUGGUUUUACCAGAUACCGAGGCACAUUUUGAAUGGAAUAAGGUAUUGAGAAAUUGUGAAAUGUGGAAGAGUUCACUCAUGAAUUACUUUUCAGAGCUUGAUAAUUGUUUGAUUAUGUGUCCAAAAGAAUGUGUGUGGAAUCAUUAUUUGAAUGAGUGUAAAACUGUUUCAACUGUUAUGAGUUAUAAUGUAUUGGCCCAAAGUUAUACAUCCACACAUUAUAAUUAUUGUAAACCUUAUAUUGGAUUUGGUGUGAGAACUCCAAAAAUUGUUUCAUUGGUGGAUUCAAUUCAAGCUGAUAUUCAAAUGUAUCAGGAAAUGGAAAAGGACAUGCUUCAACAGUUGACUAAACCUCACCAUCACGUCUUAUUCAAACCAAAGGAAGGAAGAAAGGAAGGACUUGCCAUCAUUAUUGACAAACGAGUGUGGGACAUCACAAAGGAAGGCAGUAACAAGUUGGCUCUAAACCAUCCUCAAGAUAUGAUUUUCGUAGCAUGUCGACACAAGUUCACUAAGAAAACACUUCUGGUUGUGUGUACUCACUUACUUGGUGAUCCAAAGCAAUUAGAUAUCCAAACAGAACAAGCCAAAGUCCUAGCCAAUCGUUCAGAUAUGACCAAACUAGAAUGUGCAUGUGAAAAUGUCAUUAUCGGUGGUGAUUUCAAUGCCUCACAAGAAUCUCAAGCUUAUCAAGUUGUUGAGCAAGCUGGUUUCAAGAGUGCAAUCAAGGAAAUUCAUGGAAAGGAACCUACCAUCACAUUCAAUACUGAUGCCAUUCACCGAUCCAUUGAUUACUUGUGGUACAAUUGCUCUACUAUCAUGCCUUCAACCUGCACAAUUUUCAAUCAGAAACAAAUUGAAAUCAAGAAGGAAGAAGCUCUUCCAAAUCAUCAAUAUGGCUCGGACCACAUUCCAAUAUUUGCCAAAUUUGUGUUGAAUUAA